UGUAGUACAUAAUACAUAGGCAUCCCCGCAGCCACGAGCAUCCUUAGCCCCAGCUGAGUUCAUCCUGCACAAGAUCGGUCAGUGGAUCAAGCAAAUAACCAAUGUUGGCCGUCGGUUUUUAUCAAGCUCUUGCCGCCGUCGGCCGAUCGCCGCCGGCUUCUCUUGGCACGCCGAGAUGGAGACAGGCUGCAGCUCCUCUCCCCAUGUCCACGACGGCUAGCAGCAAACACCGGCGUACCACCCUUGUCUCACGUGCAGCUAUUAACAUCCCCCCCGACGCUUUGGUUCAUUCCUUCCGCAAAACAUUCGGAAGCGACCAGAAACCGCAAUGGGGAAUCAAGGUAGAGAAUGAAGGAAACGAGAAUCAGAAGGUCAUCAAGCUCUGGUUUCUGGUGUCAGGCAUCGACGAAUCGAGGGUCAAAGAUGAGGUCGAGGUUGAUCUUCCUAAUGACAGUAGUGUGCUCACGAUCAAAAGCAAGUACAAGGCCGCCAAUGACGAUCUGCUUGACGUGCGCCUACUUUUGACAGCAGGCUACAACAGGGAGGGGAUCAAGGUGGAAACGGAGAAAAGUGGCGACAAGGUGCUCUUAGAGGUGACCAUCUUCCAAAAGAGCACUACGCUUCAUAAAAUCGAUAUCAAAUAGCUUAGCUAGGAGAUGUUGCUAUGAUUGAUAUCUGUGUGUGUUGUCUAUGUACUCCUGUGAGAGAUGAGUGUGACGCUACUGGUAGUAUUUCUUGUUGGACAAUAAUACAUUCUCAUAAAUAUAUCA